CUGCAGUAACUCAAUCUUCUCACACACACAUCCUGUCCUGGUGACAUUUUGCACAUUUUUCUUCUCUGGUCCAAAAAUCCAAAGCUAAUCUGUCUCCCGGUACACAGCCUUUAGAUUCAUAGCCCCUGUCUCAAUUUGCUGAUCUCUUGUCAAAUAUUUCCUGUUGAAGUUUUCACAUGAAGCGUACAGAAGGUCGACCAGCUAAGGUUUCAUAUUUACUUUUCACAUUUCUUGUCUUCCAAAAUACACUGCCCCUGGCCAUGGGUGACCUUGCAUGCUGUUGCCUAAGCCUGUGCGUGAGUACCUACUGUAUACGGGUACGUGUGUGUGUAUGUGUGUGUUUGUUUGUACGUGUUCUUCGUUCUCAGAAGGCUGAGCUACUUACUAUAAUACCCUAUCAUACUCAUCCUGUCAUCAAUCUCUUUACAUAACCCAGACAAAACAUACCUGUGUCCCACACACAGACACACACAUGGAUACACAUUCCAUCUGGUAAGGAUAAUAGUCCUGUCUAAAGAGAAAGUGCUGUCCUGGGAUUAGGAUUCAGUGUGUGUGGGUGUGUGUGAAAAAGUAGAAAGGGGUUCAAAUGGCUAAAACAUUUGGGGCAGGCAGAAACCAUGCUGGCUCAGUUCCCGCCCCCUUUCUCAGCUCUGACCUCACUCUGAAACUUGUUCCCCCUUGUGUGUAAUACACACUCACACACAGACACUUGCUUAGUCACAUGCCUAUACACACACUUGCUCUCUGACGCACACGCUUGUUCGUUCACACACACACGCACACACACAGCCCCUCGUACAGAUCUGGGCACAUUCUGUGGGGCUCUGAGAGAGAAACACCCACUCACAGCGUAGGGCUUCUGUGACAGCAGAUUGAAGCAGGAGAGCAAGUUUGUCCAGGGAAAGGAAAGGUCUCUGUUUGUACUGAGGUGGAGCAGCAGAGGAAUAAGCAGAGAGAGAAACAGAAGAAGAGCAAGAGAGGGAGAUAGAGAGAGGGAAGAGGGCAGCAGUGUUGCGCCACAUUUAGACCCGGACCAGAGACAAAAUGUUCAUGGGGGACCGAUUACUGCGGCUCUGCUGAGAGUGAUGAAACGCUUUUCACUAUAAAGCAGACAGCUCGGAGUGUGCAGCUCCCACAAGAGGAAUCCAGGUGCUCAGGAAGGAAUCCUAAUUUAUUCAAAUCAUCCAAAGAAGAGCAGAUUUUCACCAGCAUUCAUUGACAUGGAUUGCAUCACCCUGCUCAUUCUGGCUCUGCGCUGAAGCUACUGGUCCUAAACCUGGUGUCCACUCCUGCCAGAGGUAAUGAGAACUCCUGGGAAGCCACGGAGAGCCGGACAGCCCGACAGAGCAAGUCACAUAAGGAAGAGGGCCGGCUUUUCCAGGGAUGAGAGCAGCCACAAGCUGAGGAGAACCAAGAGAGGGAGAACAGCGGAGCGGCCGCGAAGAGGAGGUUUUGAUGUGGAGAAUGGAUUGUCUGUGGGGCGCAGCCCUCUGGACCCCCAGGCCAGCCCCAGCUCCGGUCUGGUCCUACAGGCCAACUUUCCUCACAGCCAGCGACGGGAAUCUUUCCUCUACCGCUCCGACUCUGACUUUGACCUUUCACCCAAAGGUCCUUCCAGAAACUCCUCCACUGCCAGUGACCUGGAAGAAAGCUUGAAGCACUGGGAAGUCAACUGGUUGUCAUCUCGACAUACAGAAGACAUGAUUGUCACACCAUUUGCACAGGUUCUCGCCAGCCUGAGGACUGUCCGAGGUAACUUUGCCGUCAUAACCGGCCAGCAAGAUCGCACAGCCAGCAAGACACGAUCCUCAGGCAACAAUCCACCAUCCAUGUGCAAGACCAGCCUCGCAGAGGAGCCGCACCAGCAGCUGGCCAUAGAGACUCUGGAUGAGCUGGACUGGUGUCUGGAGCAACUGGAGACACUGAAAACUCGACACUCUGUCAGCGAGAUGGCUUCCAAUAAGUUCAAGAGGAUGCUGAACCGAGAGCUCACCCAGCUGUCAGAAACCAGCCGUUCAGGGAACCAGGUGUCUGAGUUCAUCUCCAGCACCUUCCUCGAGAAGCAACAUGACAUGGACAUCAUGUCUCCGCCGGUCAAGGAGAAGGACAAGAAGAAACGGCCCAUGUCUCAGAUCAGCGGUGUGAAAAAGGCCACCCACAGCCCCAGCCUCGCCCCCUCCACCAUCCCUCGCUUUGGGGUCAACUCCAGCCAGGAAGGACUUCUAGCAAAGGAACUGGAGGACAUAAACAGAUGGGGUAUCGACAUCUUCAAGGUCUCUGAGUAUUCUGGGAAACGCCCUCUUACGGUCACCAUGUACAGCGUCUUCCAGGAGCGUGACCUGCUGAAGUCCUUUAAGAUUCCCGCAGACACCUUCAUUACCUUCAUGAUGACUUUGGAGGAUCAUUACCAUGCCGACACGGCCUACCACAACAACAUCCAUGCUGCAGACGUGGUCCAGUCCACGCACGUCCUACUGUCCACGCCUGCUCUGGAGGCUGUGUUUACUGAUCUGGAGAUCCUCGCCGCUCUGUUUGCAAGCGGCAUCCAUGAUGUGGAUCACCCUGGAGUUUCCAAUCAGUUUCUCAUCAACACCAACUCUGAGCUGGCCCUGAUGUACAAUGACUCCUCGGUGCUGGAAAAUCACCACCUUGCUGUUGGCUUCAAGCUUCUGCAGGAAGAUAACUGUGACAUCUUUCAGAACCUGAGCAAAAAGCAGAGGCAGUCGCUGCGCAAAAUGGUCAUUGAUAUGGUGCUGGCUACAGAUAUGUCUAAACACAUGAACCUCCUGGCAGACCUGAAAACUAUGGUGGAGACCAAGAAAGUCACCAGUCUAGGAGUGCUACUGCUGGAUAACUACUCAGACCGCAUACAGGUCCUUCAGAACAUGGUGCACUGUGCAGACCUGAGCAACCCCACCAAGCCUCUGGAGCUGUACCGACAGUGGACAGAUCGCAUUAUGGUGGAGUUUUUCACCCAGGGGGACAGGGAGAGAGACAAGGGCAUGGAGGUCAGCCCCAUGUGUGACAAACACAACGCCUCCAUAGAGAAGAACCAGGUGGGUUUCAUUGACUACAUUGUUCACCCUCUGUGGGAGACGUGGGCCGACCUGGUGCACCCCGACGCUCAGGAGAUCCUGGACACACUGGAGGAUAACAGAGAGUGGUACCAGAGCAUGAUCCCCCACAGCCCCUCCCCCCACCCAGAGGGCCCCGAGGAGGGAGCCCUCACCGGGGAAGCCUCAGCGCUCGGUGGGGGCAGCGGCUCUAUUUCGGCAGACAAGUUCCAGUUUGAGCUGACCUUGGAAGAGGAGGGAGAGUCUGAUGACGAGAGUCUGCCCGAGGAAGAGGAGAGCUACAGCGGCAGUCGGGGGCCCGAACUCUCCAGAAGUGAUUCUGGCAGCGGAUUAGAUUCAAUUUCGUCCACGUCUCGCAUGCUCACCAAAAAGCUCACCACUGAUUCAGUCAGAACGUUUUCAUUAGACUCUGAUAAAGAAAUGACUGAAGAAAGAGAAACAGAGAAUGAAGGCGUCUCUGGAGUCCCACGCUUCAGACUUGGGACAUAGCACCCGCCAAAAGUAGUAUUUCUUUUGGCCUUUUUUGUUUCUUUUAUUGAUCUCGGUGCCUCUUGACUCCCUUUCUCGCACUCCAACCAACCUGGUUUCUGCGGACAGCAUCACAGCAAACCUAGGGUGGGGAGUAAGUGAGUGUGGUGGUUGCGGAAGGUGUUAAAAAAAUGCUGCAGUUUUACCCAGCAGUCACUUGCACUGGAGAGAAACAGAUGGACAUUUUAAUAGAGGACAGGAAACCAAGUUUCUGAACUGUCCUCUAUGCUCUCAGACGUACUGUGGAUGAACUACAGCGAGGAUGAGAAGUUUGAAACCUAAAACUUCCCCUUUACCAGCCAACCCAAGGUCUACUACAAUAAAGACAGAACUUUUUCUUUGUGAAGAAAGUGAGGAAGUGAUGAAUGAGCGUGAAAACAUAUUUUAAGACAUCUUGCCAAACUUUACCCUGCCUUCUUAGUUCUUAUUUUGUUUGUUUUGUUGUCUUUUAUUUAGGUCCAUUGAAUUGCAGUCACUCCAAAGCAGUGUAGGCAAAGUAAUGGCAGACAGGAGCUAUGCAGGAUUUUAUGCAGUCAUUUUUAAUGUAGCAAACAUUUCGAGUGGCGCUAUCAUUAUUAUUGUAUACGUAGCACUUCUUUCAGCUUGCACAGCCUAUUUAAUUAUGUUCACCAAACAGUAGUGUUGCUAUAAAUGGCAUGCAAUGCAUAAUAUGUUAUGUACGUUUUUUAGAAGUGUUUCAGGCUCACUAUUUCCAUUUUUAUAAACCUAAACUAUGAUAUUGUCGGUGACAAUAAUGAACCACGGUCAGCGUAGUGUUAUUCAGUCAGGAAUUACAUCCAGCUAUGUGGGAUGUGCAUGUGGUGCCUCCCAGUGUCGACUUGUGGAAUUAAAGUUCUGGCAUUGGAGGCAAAUGAUUAGCAAAGCUAUAUUCAAAACCCAUUGAACUGUAGGACUACCCCAAAUAUCAGUAAUAUUUCAGUUUUGUUGCUAUUUCAAGUCACUAAUUCUUGAGUUCUUAAUAUUUGGCACCCAUUUUUAUAGGUUUCCCUUCAAGUUGAGCACUUUACAGUUGGGACUGAGCCAACACAUGAACACAUUGAAGGCUGUUGACUUCAAAACAGCUUUGGAAGCCUGCCAAGCAACCAGCGGAGACAUCAUGCAAAAGCUAAACGCUACAGUACAUCUACAAACUGCAUCAAACUAUCCAUACAAAUCCAUCAUGGUAACUACAGUCGUGUCACACAGCAUCCAAGCACAAGGGUUGCAAAGACGGAUGUCAGCAUCAUUGUAACUGUAGAAAACAAACAAACCAGGAUGGCUUUUUUUUCCUCAUUGAUCAAUAUUUUGCUCUUCACAGGGACAUAGUCAAUGACAAACAAGUGCCAAGCAAGCAUGACACAACCCGUACUGUAAUUUCCAUUUUGCCACUGGCUACUUUCCAUCCAUGACUGAUAAAGUUGGUUGAUUGUAGCACACUGUGUGCCAAUCUGACCCGAGUGUCUCUGUUACAAUUGUUUUUAAACUCCAGUUCUAACGGUAACUGAAACUGAUAUUGUCUUAAUACAGUGUUUUGUUUAUUGUGUGAGAGUGAAUGACUGGGUUGACUUUUUUGAUGUAUUUGCUAAGAAUAAACCAAAGCACUUUGUAUGGUACUUUUACAGUUCUGCACUUCCAGUACAGUUUAACAUGUAUAGUGACUGUUUCACUGUUUUUCUGAUGGCUGGUGCUUGAGUUGAAUUGCACGGGCUGCACCACUACAGCUCUUAAAGGUCGGAUUUCGGAGGGACUGAAGUCGUUUUUUUGUUGUCCUUUUUAUAAUUGACUGUAUGAAAAAGAGGCGUUCUGUUGAAGUGCAUGACGUUGGCUGCAGGAUGAAGAAUAUAGAGAUCUUACAGAACUUGACCUGUGGAAAAACUCGUUUUAUUUUAUAACCAUAAAACAGAGUGAAAACUAUUUGAAUGUGUGAACGAGCUGAACGCCUUACCUUCAAACUUGGGAUUUUUUUUUCUGGUCAUAGAUGUGUUAACUGACAUGCUGGAGUAAAACAUGUGCAAUCCUUUCUGUAGCCAUAAACAUCACCAAACAGACAAACACUCAAGUAUGCCUUCAACACUAAGGACUAUCUAACAACAGCUCAACCAGCACAACAUGCGAGGAUUCAGUCUGUCUCUGCAUGUCACUAAUUGCUUGAUUUUGUACAUUUUCCUCACAGUGCUUCAUGUACAGUUUAUUUAUUAUUUCGGUAUUACCUGUCAGAAACGAUGGAACGGUAGACUUAUUUUAGUCUGAGGUUUAGUACUUAUGUGUGAGAAAGUCACACAGGACAGAUGUCAACUGUAACUCAGCUUUUUUCCCCCCUUCUCUUUUCAUUUAUUUAUGUCUGCGAAUAACAUUAUACAUAAGCAAAAAUAUUCACUUUCAUGUUUUUCUUGGUAUAUCAAUAGUUUAGUGACAUAUUUCUGAGACAUCUCUCAUCUCCUGUUUUCCUCUGUUUUCAAUGAUCUGAUCACAUAUUCAUUCACGAUCUUACAGUAAGUGUGCUGAUCUGAGACUUCUUUGAUAUAUAGUGAAGAUAAUAUAGUCACACGGCCUCAAGUCAUCCUAGAUCAGUUUUUCUGUUCUUAGAGAUUUUAUGAAUAUUGGUCGUGAAGACUUUGCAGCUUUGACAAUCCAAACUCUGCUGUUUAACUGUGGGUGUGUUAGCCCUCUCUCCAACUAGAACUGUUUGCCUUGCCAAUAAAGGAAAAAACGAUUCACUCUU